CUCCAGCACCUGUGCUUGGCUGUCAGACAGUUCAGAGCAUGACUCUGCUGCCAUCUCAGCAGAGGAACAACGGGCUCUGUGACAAAGGUUCCCCCCCGACGCUGCCCAGGGGACCCCAAAUGUGGAGGCAGGGAAGGGAUGGAAGAAAGCUAUGAGACAUUUGAGGAGGAGUUAGGGCCACCAAGAGCAGAUCCUCCUCCACAGAAGCCUGUUCGACAGAUCCAUAGACCAGAAAUGUACGCUACAAGAAAAAUCAGAGAGGAAAUGGCUUCUGAGCAACCAAGAGCAGAGCCCAAGGCUGUACCCAGAGAACCCAGCUUCCCCAGAACAACAUCUGUGCAUAAAACCAUGUCCAUUCAAAACCUGACCCAGAUUGAAACACCGUGGGAGAAUGUCACACUGAACCGAUGUCUGUUUGUGGCCAUUACCAUCCUGGUGCUGACCUCAGGCUUUCAGAGGCUUCAUGAAACUUUACGUGGGCAAGGUACAGUAGAAGAGGAGGAAGAAGUUGGACUGAUGGUGAGACGGUCAGGUACAUUACGACACAGACGACUACCACCAGAGCCCGAGACAUCUCUGUGGGAGGUCAUGUUUUGGUGGCUGCCAGACCUUGAUGACGAUGAGGAUGAGGAGGAAGAUGAUGAUGAUGGAGAAGUGAAAAGAGGGAGAUCGAAGAGAGAAGCAAUGGCACGAACAUCAAGAGGUCUCAGACACAAGCCGCUGCCAGACAAAAAACUCAUGAAGCAAAGGGACAGAAAACUGAAGGACAGGAGAGCCAAGAAAAACACGGAUGAAGAAACCAAGGAUAAGAAAGAGAGAGAUAAAAAGGAGGACCCUGAGGAAGGAGCAGGCGAAGGAGCAGGUGAAGGAGAUGAAGGCGAUGGGGAGAUAGUGCCAAAGAAUAAAAAGCUGGAGGAAGAGAAGAAAAAGACUCAAAAGGGAUGAAUUGAUUCUUUCUUCUGUCAGACACCAAUUCAUUUUCUAAAGUUUUCAUCUACACGCUGAUCUGAUAUUAUUUAUAACAUAUAUAUGAUUUGAUAUUAUUUAUAACAUAUAUAUGAUUUGAUAUUAUUUAUAAAAGAAGGUAACUUGAUUUCAAUGUUACCUCUCUGUCUGUUCAAUCUUUCAAAUACUAGAACACUCAAAAAUUACUUUUUCUUCCAGUUACAUGUCAAUUUUUGUGUGUUACAGCUUUUUGCUGCUUUGCUUGAUUGAUGACUUUGUGUGAUGGAGCUUUGAUUUACCAGAAGUCAUCUGCAUUUUCAUAGAAUUGAAAAUGCUGCCAUUGUUUGAUUUCUCCCUUUACGGUGUUAAAAGAUGUCAGACCUCUUUAUUCCACUGCUUAUCGUGGAUGCCAGCUCACUCAGCUGUCAAUAAUAUGAGACCAGAGCGCUCUAAUUUGUAUAGAAGAGAGAGAAUAUGGGCAACAAAUAUUCAAGUUUCUGUUUUUAAAUCAAAAUUUUGACCAAUGUAGGUCAUUUUUGAUGUGUGUCAUCUGAAAACUGUUUUGAAACAGGAAGUUAAAAGGUCUUCUUUGUGAGUUCAUGCUUUUAUCAUCAAUAAUUCUGGGCCUAAAUAUUUCAGGAACUUCUGUCGUGCUUCUUUUUAAAAAAUGCGUUUCUUCUGCUAUGAUCCACUCAGACGAUACAUCAAUAAAUCUUUUUGUGUGUGA